AUGACGAUCGGCUCCGCCCUCCGCCGCCGCGCGGGCGGCCUCCUCGGACGAAGCGUCGCGCGCGCGCGCGCGACGGUCGCGUCGAUCGACGCCGGCGCCGGCGCCGGCGACGCGACGACGACGACGACGUCGCUUUCCCGCGCGAAAUCGUCGCCCGCCCCGCGAUCGGCGCAUCAUCUUCUUCAUCAUCGUCGCGUCGACCGCGUCGCGCUCCUCGCGUCCCCAACGCGCCAAAACCACCGCGGCCGCGGCGCGACGAUCGUCGCGACGCGCGGCGCGUUCGGCGGGAGCGCGUCCGCGUCCGGCGGGAAGACGUCCAAGGCGGCGAAGCAGCGCUACCUCUGCCAGGACUGCGGCGAGGAUUACAACCAAUUUCACGGGCGGUGCCCGAACUGCAAGGCGUGGGAGUCGUUCAAGACGUUCACGAUCGCGCCGUCGGGCGGCGGCGGGAAAGCCCCGGGAGGCGGCGCGGGCGCGAGAGCGCUCGCGUCCGCGACGGAGACCGCGAGCAGUCCGGUGACGACAUCGAACGUGCUUCCGGCGUCGUCGCGAAGAAGGAACGCCGCCGCCGCCGACGACGCAUUCGCCGCGUCGGCGUCGCGAAGCGGGUGGGUCGAAGCGUCCGCGGCGCCGCGUCGCCUCGCCGCGGUCCUCGCCCCGGACGCGACCGGGAAAAACGUCCGAGGCGCGCGUCUGCGCGUCCCCACGGAGCUGGGCGCGGAGGUGGAGCGCGUCCUCGGCGGCGGGAUCGUCCCGGGCGCGCUGAUGCUCGUGGGCGGCGACCCGGGCGUCGGGAAGUCGACGCUCGUUUUGCAGAUCGCGGGGCUCCUCGGCGAGCGCGCGCUGAAGAACGCGAACGCCGCGAAGGAAGACGCGGAAGACGCGGAAGAUGCGGAAGAUGGAACGUCAACCGUCAUCGCUUCUGCUUCGCCGCCGCCGCCGAGCGUGAUGUACGUCUCCGGGGAGGAAUCGGUGGAGCAGCUCGCGGGCCGAGCGGAACGGCUCGGCGUCCACCCCGACGGUCUCGUCGUGUACUCCGCGACGAGGCUCGAGGCGAUACUCGAGGCGGUCGUCCGCGAGCGCCCGGCCGCGCUGGUCGUGGACAGCAUUCAGACGGUGUUUUUGGAGGACGCGACGGGGUCGCCGGGAAGCGUGUCGCAGGUGCGCGAGUGCGCCACCGCGCUGUUGCACGCGGCCAAGUCGGCGGGGAUGCCGACGUUUAUCAUCGGCCACGUGACCAAAUCCGGCGACAUCGCCGGGCCCAGGGUCCUGGAACACAUCGUCGACGUCGUGCUGUACCUCGAAGGCGACGCCGACCGCGCGGUGCGCGUGCUCAGGGGGCACAAGAACCGGUACGGCAGCACGGACGAGGUGGGCGUCUUCGAGAUGAUCGACGCGGGGCUCAGACCGGUCCCGAGCCCGUCGGCACUGUUCAUGGGCGAACGCGUCCUCACCCCGGACGUGAGCGCGGCGCCAACGGUGACCGUGCAAGGCUCGCGACCGUUCAUGCUCGAGGUCCAGGCGCUCUGCGCGGAGCGGGCGGGUGCGGACGACGCGGAGAACGGCGGCGGCGGCAUGAUGGCCCCGGCGGUGCGCACGGCGGUGGGCAUCAAGCCGGAGCGGAUGCAGGCGCGUUCGCUGCUCCUUGCCGUGCUCGCGAAAUUCGUGCUCGGCUCGAGAGUGCAUCGCCACGACGUGUUCGUGAACGUCGUGGGAGGGUUAAAGGCGCGUUCUAUCUCACACUGGUCCCCAUACGACCGCGUCGGCGCGCUCGAGGACCCGUCCGCGGACGUCGCCGUCGCGCUCGCCAUCGCGUCGAGCUUCGUCGAGCGCGCGCUCCCCGCGGACAUGGCGUUCUUCGGCGAGGUCGGGUUGGGGGGAGAGCUGCGCCCAGUGGCGCAGGCGGAGAGGCGGUUACAAGAAGCCGCGACGAUGGGCUUCACGCGCGUGUUGAUGCCCGCGGCGGGGAGCACCAAGGACGCGGGGAAGCGCCAAGGGGUGGAGGUCGUCUUGUGUAACACCCUCGCGGAGGCGCUGACCGCGUCGUUGGGGGUGGAGCCGAGGAAGAGCCGCGGCGGUGGCGGGUUCGGCGGCGGGAAUGGCGGCGGGCGAGGCGGCAGAGGCAGAGGCGGACGAGGCGGCAGAGGCGGAGGAAGCUUCUGAGAUGAUUGAUUCCGCGGGAGCGUCGGCGAUCGAGUGUUAAAGAAAGCACACACGAAGCGCGUUC